AUGCGCUACCACGCCAAGCAGCAUCACAUGGUGUGGCGGUACGAUGAGGUAGAUAUUGCAACCGCGGCCACCAACAUGAUCUUGAUCCGCGUCCUCGCCGCCAAAGUCCAGGACAACGACCGUCUCCAGGCAAUUAUGCGCAGCGUCCCCGUCCGGCCUGACGUGCCUGGGUGGACAUGCCGCUCUCGGGUUACUGAAGCGUACGCGAAGCUGAAGGCCGAUGGGAAAGCUCUGGGUCCAUGCCCUGACUGGGAGACGCUCAGCGAGACUGCGCUUUGGUAUGUGAGCAAAAAGGCGGAGGAGCAUCGGUUUGAUGGCAAGGCAGAGCCUGGGAAAUACAGCGACUGGGAGGUGGCUACCUGGAGCAUUGGCGAGGGGCGGGAGACCAUUGCGUGA